AUGCCUUCUACAUCACCUGUUGCACUUAUACUUGGGGCCGGUGCCAACGUCGGACAGAACGUCGCUCGCGCAUUUGCUGCCAAAGGAUAUAAGAUCGCUUUAGCAGCUCGAAGUUUGAAAGAGGAGGACAGCACUGCCGACCAGCUGCAUAUUCGAGCCGACUUCAGUGACCCUGCCUCUGUCGUCGACAUUUUUGCCAAAGUCAAAGCACAGCUGGGCUCCCCAUACGUCGUCGUCUACAAUGCUGCCGCCGCAACGCGCUUGGACCCGAAGAACCCACUACGACUUGACCUGGACGACUUCAAUCGCACUUUUGCCAUCAACACGACUAGCUCCCUCAUUGCCGCCCAACAAGCCGUACUUGCCUUCGAAGAGCUCCCCGAGUCCGCAUCGAAGACUUUUAUCUACACUGGAAACUGCACCAAUGUGAAACCGAUCGUGGCGCUCAUGGACGCCGGAGUUGGAAAGUCUGCGAGCGCACACAUUAUCCAAUGUGCUGCGGAGGCGUACAAAGACAAGGGCUUUAAGUUCUAUUACGCCGACGAGAGAAACGCAGACGGAUCGCCCGCUUAUGGUGCGAUAAAUGGUCCGGCGCAUGGCAAAUUCUAUACGGCACUCGCCGAAGGGACUUCACAGGGGCCAUGGCACCAGACGUUUGUCAAAGAUGUUGGAUACAAGAAGUUCUGA